AUGACUGUUAAGCCUGAUUUUCAUCAGCUCUGCUCAAGUGAUUUUAUUCGAAAUGAUCGCUGGUUACUCUAUUUCCGGUUUGCCGCAGUCACCACGGCCUCUUUCUCUUUUUAUACUGGUGAUUUUCGUGCAUCUUCCGGUUCUAGUUUAUUUUCUCUUAUAAAAACACUAUGUGAAACAGCCAACACAACUGUUAUCAAUGCCGUAACUGUUUUCGGUGCCACAGAAUUAGUGAAUGCAUAUCCGAUGCCACGUAUAUUAUUCGAAAAUAAGACGACUGAACUGGUACAACAAUUUCAAAACGAAACACAAGCUUCUUUUUUGACUCUGUUCUCUCAAAUAAGCACGGUGAUUCGAGAUAAUCAAUUCUACUCUCCCAUAAGCAAUGCAGCUGCUCCAUUGGCCUCGUCUGAUCGUACACAAGUUCGGUUACGUCUGCGAAACAUAUACCCUUCGGGACCUGUCUGCUCAUGCGCCGUGUCCAGUGAAUGUACUCGACCACAAGGGUUCUAUUGCAAUGCUAGCGCAUGCCAUAGUAUCAGUGUACAACCGAACGUUACUAUUCCCGGUAUGUUUUUGAGCUGCACACCCAUAGACUCGUUACUAUUCUCAACACUUACCUGUCUCUACAACCAAUCAUGUAUUCAAUUUCUGCUUGAUUGGCGUUUAUUUGGCAUUAUUGGUAAGGUGUUUCCGAUCGAUCCUCGUGGAGCCAACACAACAGCACUCGACCCAGAUUUACCAAGUCGAUUUUUACCCAAUUCCACAUUUGAACCACUAGUAUUAAACAUGUUUAUCGAAAACUGGACAUCAUCCAGUAAUUACAGCACCUACUAUACAACCUGCAAUCCUGACAGUUGCACAUACACAUAUGAUCAACGAUAUGCUCUUGUUGCUGCCAUUACAGUUCUCAUCGAACAAUGGUGGGGUUAUUUGUGGGGACUGGAUGCUGUGACCAAUUUUCUGGAUCUUCAACUUCUUAGCACUCAGUUUCGUCUUCUUGCAUCAUUAUGUUCAUUAGUACAGCAAUCUAUCGACAAUGACACAAGUGCAUUUCUUACCAAUAAAUUAGUUACUCUAGAAGCAAUGUCGUUCAGUUUAUUUCAAGCUCAAACUGAUUCCCUUACAGCCGCAUUUAUUGCUCAAACACCAGAUAAAUUUCGUCGUACUCAAUCGUUCAUUUAUGAAACAUUUCGCGCAAAUCAGCUGUUGACUAUAUUUGGAACAAAUUGGCAAUUAGCUUACACAACUGCAGCAAAUAAUUACAUUAUUGGUACUGUGCCACGUACUUCGUUUGGGAAUAAUUAUUCAUGUAUCACAUCAUUAGACAGCUUCUCGCGACCUUUGUAUAUUGAUGCGAAUUCUAACACAAUAGCAUUACCUGGUGUGGUGGCUAGUUGUUUACCAAUUGAUGGUAUUCGUCUGUCUACUCUAGAAUGUUUCUUUAAUUCAAACUGUAUUCUUAACUUGACAAGCAUUGCAUCUACACGCAGUACCACUAUUUGGAUUGCCAAACCGCUGAAUGCUUCAACACCCAGUAAUUAUACUUCAAAUACUCUCAUAGGCAGCCUCAUUGAUAGUUUAUUCGUGGAAGAUUGGGGAAUUCAAAGUAAUUAUUCAAGCUACUACGCUUCGUGUGCUCCAUAUUCGUGUUCAUACAAAUAUAUUGAUCACAACACAAUACUCUAUAUAAUCACCACUAUGCUUGGACUGUAUGGUGGUUUGGUAGUGAUUCUUCGUUUUGUUGUCUGGUAUGGAUGGCGUAUAUAUCGAAAGAUAAUGGGAUGGAUACAAACCGCUCCUCAUGCAACAUCAGCACGUGUAGUUCCCUUUCAGCCCACCAUUGAUAUUGGAUGA